GUUGUACAGAAAUCGUGUUUUAUGUCUGAAGGAAAAGUUUUUCACCACAGAAUUUAGAUAGUCUAUUUCAAUCGGUAAAGGAAUAAAAGAUGGCUCUUUUCCCAGCUGGUUUUCGAUUGUCAACAAGAAAAAUAUUUCCUUUGGUGCCCAUAAGAUUUCAUCCGAGGAAAGCAUCCGGAUUGCAUGAAGAGGAAUUGGCAUUUCAAGAACUCUAUACUGCAGAGAGGUUUGCUUCUUGUUUGCACUCAUGUUCAGACAUCAGAUCUCUUCGAAAGCUACAUGCCCACAUUUUAUCUCAUGGAUUUGGAGAUAACAUAUAUCUGGGGUCCAAGCUGUUGAAUUUGUAUGCUAGCUUUGGUGGGUUACCUGAAUCCCGAUGGGUAUUUCAUAAGAUCAUUAACAGAAACCUUUCUCUUUGGAAUUCAGCCAUCGUUGGGUAUUUUAGAGCUAGUUAUUUCGAGGAGGUUCUUUGUUUAUAUUUAAAUUUAAAGUUUCAGGGGAUUGGUAUUGACAGUUCAGCUGUUACAUUUGGUUUGAAGAGUUGUAUUAAGCUUGGGAAUGUAGAAUUUGGAAGAGGAAUUCAUGUGGAUGCUAUCAAGUUUGGUCUAAAUAAAGACAAAUUUGUUGGUUCUUCUCUUGUGGGAUUGUACUCUAGCUUCCAAUGUAUGGAGGAUGCACAGCAAGCAUUUGAAGAAAUCUUAGAUAAGGAUGUCGUUGCUUAUACAGCAAUGAUUACUGGGUAUGCACAACUGUCUGAAUUCCAUUUAUUUAAGGCAUUUGGAAUAGCUAGCGAUAUGCAGAGAGAAGGAUUGGAUGCUAACCGGGUGACGCUGGUGAGCUUACUCCAGGCGGCAGGGAAGUCUGAAGCACUCAAAGAAGGUCAGUCAGUCCAUUGUUAUGCCUUAAGGAGAGAAAUUGAUCAUGCAGAUGAAGUUUUCCAGACCAGUCUUGUAGAUAUGUAUGCUAGAUGUGGUGCUAGAACUACUGCAGCUUCUGUGUUGAGGAAAAUGGAAAGAAGAAGUGUUGCUUCAUGGAAUGCUUUGAUUGCUGGACUCAUUCAUUGUGGGCAGGUUUCUGAGGCUCUGAAAAUUUUCUCACUCAUGCAACAAGAAGGGAACAUAUCCCCUGAUUCAAUCACCUUAGCAAAUGUGAUUUCAGCUUGUUCUGAUUUGAAUUAUGCACACUUUGCCACAAGAAUCCAUGGUUACUUAAUCAGAAGAGAUAUUCCUCUUGAUAUAGUUUUGACUACUGCUCUUAUUGAAAUGUAUUCAAAAUGUGAUAAAACCACUAGAGCUAGGGAACUGUUUGAUCAGCUAAUUAUAAGAGAUGUGAUCUUAUAUAAUGUAAUGAUUUCUGGUUAUCUCCAAAAUGAUAUGGUCUAUGAGGCUACCAUUUUGUUUGGUGAAAUGGUUAAAGCAGGUGUCAGACCAAACUCUGCAACUGUGCUGAGUAUGCUGUCAACAUUUGCUGAUCUAGCGGACAUAAGAAGAGGCAGGUGGAUCCAUGGUUUUGUAGUCAGGUAUUGUCUCCAAACAGAUGUGGAUGUUUCCAAUCAGAUUCUACACAUGUAUGCAAAAUGUGGAUGCAUUGACAUUGCAAGGACAACUUUCAACUCAAUAGCAAAGAAAGACUUGGUCUCAUGGACAGCAAUGAUGAUGGGCUAUGUAAAUUAUGGUCAUGCUGAUGGAGCUCUAGCACUGUUUCAGCUAAUGCAACAAACUGGAGAGAAGCCUGAUACAGUGACUAUUACAACCCUGCUUCAAGCACUUUCCCAGCUUGGAUGUUUAGAACCAGUGAAGGAAAUCCACGGGUACCUAUACAGAACUUGUUUGGAAAAAGAUACUGCCACAAUGAAUUCAAUAAUAAAUACAUAUGGCAAGUGUGGAAGGCUAGAUACUUCAGAAGCUGUAUUCAAUAAUACAAAAGAAAGAGGACUGACCUCAUGGAACACAAUGAUCACAGCAUAUGGGAUGCAUGGGCGCUGCAAAAAGGUGCUUGAGCUGUUUAGUCAAAUGCAGAAGGAAAAUCUGAAGCCAGAUGAGUUAACAUUCACUUCAGUGCUUUCAGCUUGCAGCCAUGCUGGGUUUGUUGAAGAGGGUUGGCGUGUCUUCAAUUCCAUGAGUUAUGAGCAUUCCAUUAGUCCACAGGAAGAGCACUAUGGUUGCAUGGUUGAUCUACUGGGUCGGGCAGGUCAACUUGAAGAGGCAUACAACUUUGUGAAGUGCUCUCCUUUAAGAGAUAAGGCUAGUGCCUUGUGUGCUCUGCUUGCUGCUUGCAGAAUUCAUAGAAACACAAAACUUGGGGAGGUUAUUGGAAGUCAGCUCCUAGACCUAGAGCCCACGAACUCAGGCACAUACGCACUGGUUUCAAAUGUAUAUGCUCAGGCUGGCAAGUGGAGUGAAGCUGCAAACUUGAGAACCAUAGCUAGAGAAAGAGGGUUGAGAAAAAUUCCUGGUUAUAGUCUUAUAGAAUUAGAGGAACAUGUCUGUGGGAUAUGAAGCCCUUGAGAAAACAACUGUUAGAUCAAAACUGAGCAACCAUGCUGGAAUUUCCAUCAAAUGCAAAUUGACUGUCCUUUCGAUUUUGUAACAGAAAAGGUUGAGGUCUGCUUUCUCCAAGAAAUGAAGAGGAUCAGGUUGAGAAGGAAGCCUUUAUCUUUCUUCUUCUAUCAAAUUGUGUGAAAGAGGAAACUUGUUGAUAAGGAGGCCUCAGACGCUAAACCCGCACAUUUUAUUGUUCCAUGUUCAUGAUCCCUCAAACGCCUGAAGCUCGUGGAACAACACCAUCCAUUUCUGCAAUUGGGAGGGUGUCACAUGCAGCAGGAAGCACCAGCAGAGGGUCGCUGCCUUGGACCUCAGCUCUCGGGGAUUGGAGGGCUCUCUCUCCCCAUCCAUUAGAAACCUCACCUUCCGAUGUCAGAAACAACAGUUUCUUCAGCGAGAUCCCCCCGGAAUUAGGCCAUUUGCACCGGCUGAAACAUCUCAACCUGAGUUUCAAUCCAUUCCAAGGGGGAAUCCCUGUGAACCUGACUUACUGCUUUGAGCUACUAACUCUUGACUUGUCAAGCAACCGGCUCAACGACAAGAUUUCAGUGGACAUUGACUCCCUUAUAAAGCUUGGUGAACUGUAUCUUGUCGACAACAGCCUUACUGGAUUCAAUCCACCUUCAAUUGGUGACCUGUCAUGACUCACCAAACUCUCAAAUACAAUCAUCUGCAUGGUGGCAUUCUGAAGGAGAUUAGCCAGCUUACAAGCCUAGAAUAUCUUCGAGUGUCAUGUCAACAAUCUUACAGGUGCAAUCCUCAGCUUUACAAGGUGUCAUCAUUGAUUAGGUUUGUGGCCGCGUCUAAUGAUUUGCAAGGGAGCAUUCCACCUGACAUUGUCAUCACCCUUCCUAAUCUUCAGGGCCUUCUGUUGGGUGGUAACCACUUUGAUGGACACAUUCCUACUACACUAGCAAAUGCCUCAGGACUUCAUAUCAUAGACAUGGCAGAAAACAACUUGAGAGGAAGGGUGGCAUUGGACCUUGGAAGACUGGCAGGCCUACAACAUAUUAAUCUAGGAGAAAAUCAUCUCGAGGUGAAGAACACCAGGGAGUGGGAGUUCCUCGACCCUUUGACCAACUGCAGCCAAUUGGAAGUGCUUGUACUGGGUGACAAUAUGCUAGGAGGCAUGUUGCCCAACUCAAUAGGUAACCUUUCUUCACAUCUCCAAGUACUGAUGAUGGGAACAAAUAAAAUCUCAGGGAGAAUUCCCUAUGGAAUUGGAAACCUGGCCAACCUUGGAUCAAUUUAACAGGGCCUACUCCAGCUCUUCUAGAGGACUCGGACCGGUCGCAAAAGUUGACUCUUGUCUUUCAAUCAUCUGAAGGUGAAGUGCCAAUGAAGGGGGUCUUCAAAAAUGCAACUCAGGUUUCAGUCAAAGAAAAUAGUGGACUCUGUGGGGGUGUUCCAGAUUUGCACUUGCCCACAUGCCAAGGAAGAUCAUACAAAAAUAGAAAGUGGCCUCUACUGCUGAAAAUAGUGAUUCCAGUAGCUGGUGCAGUCUUGGGUGCGAUCCUUCUGUUCUCCUUUUUCAUCCUAAGGUAGAAAUGAAAGUCGAAAAAUAAUGCUACUAUUGUACCUCCAUUGCAAGACCAAUUCGAGUUUCUUACACUGAACUGGUUAGUGUAUGGAUUCUCUUCCACCAAUCUCAUUAGCAGAGGAGGGUAUUGUUCAGUGGGGAACCCACCAUUCAUUUCAUUAGGAAAAUGAAAUCGGAAACAAGGUGCUGCGAGAAA